GUUGUGAAUAUGGCACACUUGUUUACGUAUGAUAUCAUUUGGGCAGGGCCGUCGUGUCAGGUGUGAUGUAGUCUUGUCGCACCUACAUGGAACGUUUAAAGAGGAUUUCCCGCCAGUAAUUUAUAUGCGUCAAAAUGGGAACAUCAAGAAUAGAAGCAGUCGUCGAAUUUGACUACGUGGCUCAGGAGCCCGAUGAACUGACGCUGAGGAAAGGUGAUGUUAUUACCAACAUCAAAACACAACCAGGAGGAUGGUGGGAGGGCACUUUAGGAAACAAGAGAGGAAUGUUUCCUGACAAUUUCGUCAAGGUUGUUUCAGAGCCACCUGACAGCAGAAUGUCAAAUGACGUCGCUUUGAGGCCAGUUAGGGGAAGAAAGUGCAAGGUCCUUUUCAGCUAUGCUCCUGUCAACGAAGAUGAGUUGGAAUUACAGGUUGAUGAUAUUAUCCAUGUCAUUACAGAAGUUGAAGAAGGCUGGUGGAAAGGAAGACUUCGAGAUAGGGUAGGAGUAUUCCCAUCAAAUUUUGUAGCUGAAAUAGAGGAAAAGACUGUUAGCAGCAGCCCAUAUAUUAGUGCGAGCACUGCAUCACCACCAACAGCUACAACAGCAAGUGGGUCUACGACGACAGCAACAACUACAGCUUCAUUGCCGCACGAGAUGAAACCUGCUCAUAGAGAAGAAGCGAGUGAAAGUGAAGGGGAACUAUCAACAUCUGUAUCUAGUCCGGAUUCCAGCCAGCUGCUUGAUUCUACUGGGAGAUCAGAUCAGGACACAGACUCACCUCUUCUGCCACCAAAACCAGUUAAAGAAAUCUGUCGAGUACUUUUUCCUUAUGAAGCAGCAAAUGAUGAUGAACUCACUCUGAAGGAAGGUGAUUUAAUCACACUCUUGAGCCGUGAAGUGCAAGACAAGGGAUGGUGGAAAGGAGAGCUUAGAGGUCAGAUCGGUGUGUUCCCAGAUAAUUUUGUUGAAGUCAUUCAGCAGGAGGAGCAACCAAAGAAAAGUGAACGCCCGCCAGCAAAGACUCAAACAACAACAAACCGAGUUAGAGACAGUAUUACAAAACCUGUCAUCCCUUCUGGUAUAAGCAAGCUGGACUCAACAGAAGCACCACAGAAGAAGCCCCCAGAGGUAGCUGCAGCUCGAUCAGAAGGCAAGAUCAGUCCUGUCCCACCAAUUCCUGGAAAGAAGCCACAACUCCCGCCACCCAUCAAGAAGCCUCAAAGGUUAGGCUCCUUAUUUCAGUCCUCACUAAGACAGGAGUCUAUUGAACAAAGAACUGUAGACAGAGUUGAUGGAGGAAGCUCAAGCAAACCAUCUCGUUCAGCGCACACUGUCAAAGACGGUGUUCCAGAAUUUGACAGCAUUGAGCGUAGUGCAAUGCUGGUUCAUCCAACUGCUUCAAGAGCAAAGGCUCCUCGCCGCAGACUACCCACGUCUUUUGGUAAACAGUCGGAACAAGCUCCUGUUGGAAUGAUGAAUGGAAAUGCUGACAUUGGACACAAUGAAAUUGAGAACAGCUAUGAAGACAGUGAUGACAAAGAGGACAGUGGGUCAAAGAGUUGGGCAAGUGAGAAGAACAAAGUACCUUGGUUAGAAGAACUUAUGCAGAAUCAAGCAAGAAAGAAUGUCCCAGGGCCCAGAAAUUUCCUUAGUCCCCGGAGCCCUACCCCAAGCCAGACGAGUCCCAAGGCACUCUCUCACAGUCCUGAUCAGAUGGAGAAGAAAGUAACGCCACCAUCUACAAAAGCUAAGGCUGAACAAGCUGCCAUGAAGAAUAUCACCACUCAAGAAAAACAAGUGUCAAAAUCAAAGAAGCCUUCAACAGAGAAUGUAGUUCCAGUGAUAAUGAGGCACUCAUCAACUACUCGCACAGGUUCUUCAAUAGGUGGUUCCUCUGUACAACAGAGGCCCUUCUCAAUGAGUGCAGCAAGUUCUGAACUACAUUGGUUCACUUCUGAAAGUGCAUCUCUAACAAGUUCAAAGUCAACAUCAUUAAGUCAGAGUAUUUCUGGCAGUACUGCAUUGCUCUCUGCACAAACAAAAGCUCCUGAACCUAGUAAUGUGUUAUCGCAUGAUGUAGAGCAGAGAAUAGAGCCCCCUACUACAAGCUCAGAUGGCACAAUAUCUACAAAACAGCUAUUUGAACUCAAGGAGAGGGUAGGAAAGUUGGAGCAGAGUCUAGCAGAGCAGAAGGAAUUGUUCACAAAAACAGUAAAAGAGUUUAUGGACAAGCUAAAUGAAGAAGUAGCACGGAGAAAACAAAUUGAACAGGAACUUGAUAAACUAAUUAAUCUGGUAACACAGGUUUAACUAUUAGGAAUGGUUCUAGGCACACUACUUCCGGUAACGCAGUAUUUCUUGAGUCAGAAUGCAGUUGUUAGUUUUGUGUAGAAAGAUAUGGUGCCAACAAUAUUUGUCGUUCACAGAAAGACAAGACUUAUUCAUAUAAGUAUGCAUUCCACACACCUGUGAGACCAAUGUGGCAUUUCAUUCCAUUCCAAGAAAUAAAUUCCUUUUUCCAUUUAAAUUUUUAGAAUGUUUCCUGUGCUAUUUUGUAAGAAAAGUUAUUACCUGAAGUAAGUCCUCAUAAAUCACAUUGUGCAAGUCUUUGUGCAAGAUAUACAUUUUAGAGGCAUAGGUUUUCUUUUAAAAAGACAAAACAACUUUAGAGCACAAACAUCCUGCCAUAAAUUUUUCCCAAUAUCCCUUUUGAAAUGGUGCUAAUAUAUACCUGUAUGUGUGUGUAUGUGUGAUGCAGCAUUUAAAUGCUGCUGGAUGGUGUGAAGACAAUUAGUUUUUAAUUUAUUUUGAAGAAAAGUGAUAAUUUACUUCUAUGGCCAUGAUCACAUACAGAGAAUUGUUCCGAAGUAGGCUAGUUUUUCACUGUUGUUGUUACCAUGUGGAAAAUUCUUUCAUGUAUUUAUCUUGGAAAAUUUUUGCUGGUGUUGGGACAGCUUUCCACUAUCUUUAUUUAAGCUGUUUUCAAACAAAAAGAAUGUCUUCUCUAGUCCUUUUACAGACAUAACAUUCCAACUCUUUCUUUUUUUCCAACUUUCAUUUACAGUUGGUCUAUAGAAGCUGUUUCAUUGCAGAAACAGUUACACUAUAGUUUUAAGUCCUAACCAUAACCUGGAUCACUGGUGAUAGAUUUAGUUAGACGUUGUUGCAUAAGAACUACUGUGUUGUACAAUAUAUUGUUAUAACUGUAUAAAAAGUGUAAAUAUUGAAAUGCAAUGAUGUAAAUGGCUUAAAUUUUCAAGGUGUCUGUUUUUAUUGUUGAAAUGUGAUGCAGAUGUACUACUGGUGCUUAUAACGAGCAAUGACCUGAAGCACAAAUUCAUUGUCAAUAAAACUCAUGUAUUUCAUUUUUUUUAAAGAUGACAUUGGCACAUUCCUUGGCCAAUUUCGAGAGCCAUUUGUUCAUUUCAUGUGGAGAACAUAUUCCACUACAAAUAUUAGUUUAAUAUAAGAGCACAGGAUGCAGUAUGUGAAAUUAAGUUUUAUUCUCUUUUGCUAGAUUAAAAAUAAUUUGUGUAAAGCCAUGUAGUCCAUGCUAGUUCAAAGGCCUGGAAAAUGGCUAUCAAUACUGUGUAUUGACUGACUGUGUUUAUUAGUAGAAUGGUUGUCAUGAAAUUGUGGUGCGAGCACCAUUGUCUGUCCGUGGAAAGGUUCCAGAAAACCUAAUUUUAAUUCUACGAAGGUGAAUGCUUCUAUGAGGUGCUGAACAGGAAAGCCUGCUUUUGAAUUCAUGGAAGUUCACGCCGGAUUCUGUGACAUGUCUUACUGUUAUUAUUUACUUUUGCAUUUUUGGUCUGUAUGUGUUUUCAGUAUUGUUUCCAAUGUUAUAUCAAAAUUAUUUUUGAGAAUGCUUUCAAUGUAAUUUUAACAAAUCUAACUAUAGACUAUAAAGGCUGUUAUUUUGUAUGCCCAGUUAUUUAUAGCUUACUGCCCAUGUAAUCUUUUAAAAGACACUCAUUGAAGCAUGAAGAAUAUUUAGAAUAUCAUCUAACAAAAGACUACUUCUUCAGAGUAAAUAAAUGAGAACUAUUUACUUAAUAUCUGUGUAAUGCUAUGUUACAGCAUACUACGUUCCAUUAUUUUCAGAAAUCUUUUGUAAAGGGCUCUUUAGUUCAUUAAGUUAUUCUUUUUAUUGGAAA